CUGUACGUCGGCUCGAUGCCAAACCACGCGACCGAAGAUGAGAUCCGGGCGGCCUUCUCCAAGUUCGGCACCGUGACGGACUGCUUCAUGCCAAAGGACCGCGAGACGGGCGAGCCGCGCGGAUUCGCCUUUGUCACGUUUGAAGAGACGCGGGACGCGGACGACGCGAUGGCGGCGCUGGACGGUAAAGACUUCAUGGGCCGCACUUUGCGCAUCAACAAGCCCCGCCCCCGCGGCAGCGACAGUGGC